GGGGUGGUGACGUCGGCAGCAGCGGUGGUGGAUGAGCUCAUACGAAAGCGAAAAGAAACAAGUUUAGCUUUUUGGAAUACGGACGACUGCAGCUUCAGUUUCAAUUGAACGCGAAUCGCCAGCGACGCCGGACCGUGCCAGCAAGAGCGAGAGCGGACAAGUGAGAAAUAGAGAAAGAGAGCCGCGAAACGAAAAAACCAAAACGAAAAUUGAAAAUCGAAAAAAGUGUGUGACAAGUGUGAGUGUGUGUGUUAGAAUUGUACUAGCUUUGUCUAUUAAGUAUUGGUAUUAUUGCUAGUAGCAGCGACUUCUUUGCCACUAAUUGGUACCAAAAACUAAAAAAAAAGGCACUAGAGAGCGUGUUACGUGGCUGUCUUUUCAAACUCACAUUUCAUGUCGACCAGCUGAGCUGCUGGAAACGCUUCUAGUCACAGGCACACACGCAGUUUCGAACUGCAUUACUAAAUGUUAAAUUAAAUUAAAAUAGCCCCAAAGACUGCAAAGAAUCCCAAAAUUGUAGUGAAAAAAAACGAGAGGGGCUCAAACACUUGAGCGGCUAAAACAAAAUCAAUAAUUGGCCUGCGUCCGGCCCUUAGUGUGUGUGUGUGUGUGUGAAAGAGUGGGGGAGUUUGUACGUGUAUUCGUGAAAACGACAAUUGGAGCAAUGCCUGCUAAUUGAAUGAAUAAAAGGGGGUAACAAAUAAAGAGGAACCACAAAAGAAAAGGAUUUUUAUUUAGUGCAAUAAUUGAUUGAUCAAAAGCCAUGCAGCCCGCAACGCCCGGUACGCCCAUUAGUAAUGCUCCAUUAACGAUUAAUUCAUCGAACACCCCUGCUGUCCCAGCCCCCGCUCCUGGCACCAGCGGGGGGGCUAGCAGCACCCCCAUACGCAUAAACAGUGCUAAAUCGCAUGCAGGUGGAGGGGACACUCUUGCCCCCUCCACCCCCCACUCGCACUCCACUCCUGGAACACCGCUACAGCAACAACAAUCGAGCAGUGUACCCACCGGCACUCACCUGCUGCAGCUGCAGGCGCCCCUGCCCUCGACUGGAGGUGGCGGUGGAGGUGCCGUGACCCCCUCUGGACUCUCCAUGGGUGCAUCAAAUCAAUCGCUGGGUGUUAGUGUUGGAGCCGCCAGCAGCGUCAGCGGGAUCAGCAUAACGCCACCAAAUAGCGCGGGACUGCGUCAAUCGACAGUAUUCGAUUUCAAAUUCAAAAGGCGACCUUCGCUAAAAGUGCUUAUGACCAAACUUCCGUCCACGGACAGUUUGAGCAACAGUCCGGCGCCAUCAUCGCCAGGAAUCGCCAAUUGGGCCUCAGACAGUCGGGAUGGCAAUCUGGCAGAUAAGUCAGCUGCUGAUGCCGCAAAGCUUAACAGAAAAGAGUCAUACAAGGCCCAAAGGAAGAACUAUAGGCGGGAGAAGAAGCGAGUGGCAAGCGAGCUGAUGAAUUCCCUUCAAGAUCCGGCGGUUAUAGUGCUGGCAGAUUGGCUUAAGGUUCGAGGAACUCUCAAGUCCUGGACGAAACUCUGGUGUGUGCUGAAGCCUGGCCUGCUGCUUAUUUACAAGAGUCAAAAGACCAAGAGCAGCCACUGGGUGGGCACGGUGAUGCUCACCUCGUGCCAGGUGAUCGAGCGGCCCAGCAAAAAGGAUGGCUUCUGCUUCAAACUCUUCCAUCCGCUGGAGCAGUCCAUUUGGGCGCCGCGAGGACCUGACAAGGAAACCAUUGGUGCCGUUGUCCAACCGUUGCCAACCGCUUACCUGAUCUUUCGAGCUCCCAGCCAGGCGGCCGGCAAGUGUUGGAUGGAUGCCCUGGAGCUGUCCCUGAGAUGCUCGGCCCUGCUGCUGCGUACCAACAGCAGCACGGGAACGGCUCCGUCAUCCAGCUAUGUGGGUGAACCGCUGCCCGUCUCGCAUGAGACGCAAUGGUCGGAGGCGGACUACGAGAAGCAUUUCAACGAUCAAGAUCUGGACGCAGAUAGCCAGAAUGAAGCACCCAAUGCCGUCAUGUCUGGUCUGGAGUCAGAAUCUGAGUCGGAUGCGGCAGAGCCGGCGCAGGAUGAUGCCGCCGAGCAGCAGUGCGUGGAGACCUCAUAUGUGCCCUUCACCGAGGAGGAGUUUGGCGAGCAAGGGGAGCAGGUAGAGGAGUUGGCAGAGGAGAACAAGAGCCUAAUUUGGUGCAUUGUCAAGCAGGUGCGACCGGGGAUGGAUCUGAGCAAGGUAGUGCUGCCCACGUUUAUCCUGGAGCCGCGCUCAUUCCUGGACAAGCUGUCCGACUCGUACUACCAUGCGGACUUGCUCUCCAAGGCCGUGCAGGAGGAUGAUGCAUUCACGCGCAUGAAGCUAGUUGUGCAAUGGUACCUGUCCAGCUUCUACAAGAAGCCCAAGGGCUUGAAGAAACCCUACAAUCCGAUUCUGGGCGAGCGGUUCCGGUGCUUUUGGCAGCAUCCCAGCGGCAGCCGAACCUUCUACAUUGCGGAGCAGGUCUCGCACCAUCCGCCCGUGUCGGCAUUCUACGUGACGAACCGCGAGGACGGCUUCAGCAUCACCUGCUCCAUCCUGGCGAAAUCGAAGUUCUACGGCAACAGCACUUCGGCGGUGCUCGAGGGCGCUGCCACGAUGACGUUGCUGCCGCGCGGUGAGUGCUACACGGCGAACUCGCCGUACGCCCACUGCAAGGGCAUCCUGAUGGGCACGCUCUCCAUGGAGCUGGGCGGCAAGAUAAACAUCGAGUGCGAGAACACCGGUUACAGGACGGAGCUGGAGUUCAAGCUGAAGCCGUUCCUCGGCGGCGCCGAUGCCACCAACGUGGUUGUGGGCAAGAUCAAGCUGGGCAAGGAGACGCUGGCCACCAUCAACGGCCACUGGGACAAGGAGUGUCGCGUGAAGGACUCCAAGACGGGCGAGGAAUCGCUGCUGUUCAAGGUGGAUGCCGAGACGCGUUCCAAGCGGCUCACGCGCCAUAUGGUGCCGCUGGAGUCGCAGGAGCCCAACGAAUCGCAGCGCCUGUGGCAGCACGUGUCCGAUGCGAUUGCCCGCGAGGAUCAGGUGGCCGCCACCGAGGAGAAGACCGUGCUGGAAGAGCGCCAGCGAGCGGAGGCAAAGGAGCGGGUCAGCACUGAUUCCACCCACAUGCCCGAUCUCUUCGAGUUGGACAGCUACGGCCAGUGGCUGUACAAGUACGCCGACCUGCGGCCUUGGGACUCGCGCAACGAUGUCCGCCAGUAUGAGUGCCAGUUCAAGGUGCUCACUCAGACGCGACACAAGUCGGUGCCAAUUGUCCACGGCGCCGAAAUGAUCCAUCCCCUGCGCAGCUCCCUCGAGACGCUCUCCCGCACCCAAAGACAAUCGCCGGCCGGACAGGCCAUACAGCCGGGCUCCGCGGUGAGCAAGGCCAAGAACAAGAGCUUGGUGCUGGCACCGCGUGACACCAACUCGGACUCCAGUCAGUCGCCGCAGGGAGCGGUGAAGCGCAGUUCGUCCAGCGCCAUUAAGCAACUCGCUUUGGCCGUGGACCAGGUGAACCGUGUGCUGGAGCUGCACACCAGACAGCUGAACGAGAUCAGCCAGCGCCUGGAGCGCAUGCAGUACUCGCCUCCGUCUAGCAACAUGAACGUGCAGUCGCAUCACUUUCUGGGCGGCGGCGUUUCGCAGUCGACGGUGUUCAAGUCGCUCAUCUACGCCCUUAUCGGGCUGACCUUCAGCAUGAUCCUGCGCUGGCUGUUCAAGUAGAGUGAUGGUGUCAAUGUUGGUUUAGGCUUAAACAAACUUUUGGUCAACCUAUAGAUUACAUAUAUAUAUAUAUAUAUAUAUAUAUAUAUAUUUAUAUUUAUAUAUAUAUGCUUACUCACCCUAAGUACAGACAACGUAUAUGCUUUACUGAAUUGUACAUUUGGUCCUACUCAAUUGCCUUUGCACGAUGCCAGAGAUUUAAACCCCGACCGAGGCGCGUGGCUAGAACAUCCGUUGUGAGAAAUUCUAAUCACGAACUAUUUAUAAGAUUAAGUGUUUCUCGUAUGUAAGUCCAAGUAACAAUCCAAGUUUCUCCCUGAAGCAACGUCCAUGUGCAAGUUUCUUCCCCAUGUAUCCCUGGGAACUCUUUAGUCAAGUUAGGCCCUCUGGAUAGGUUAGGAUGUCGGAUAUAUAUAUAUACAUAAAUAUACACACACGUACGAGUAGAUGCACCAGAUUUCGUAAAAAUUCCAAUUUAACCGAUGCUAUUUGUUGGCAAUUUUGGUUUUCCGUUUCCUUCUAAACACAACAAUUAAAUGACACGAUUUAGGGUGAAAAAUGAAACCAAGAGGUUAUAUAUCCCUUAAACACCAUUUGCACACAGUGCAACAUACCAUAGAGAUUUAUCGCGAAAAGUGCUUAUAAUUAUAACUUCUAGAAUAUAUCUUAUACACGACCUGUUUUUCCUUUUCCCAAAUUAAACCUGCAUACCUAAAAAUCUUAAUAAAUUUCCCUUUUUUCAAAUCAAUACAA